GCAGUACCAUCAGUAGCAUUAAUAUCAUCUGCAGUACCAUCAGGUAAUGAUGUAAUUUAAUGAAAAACUUAAAGAUUGCAUAUCUUAUUUUGCACAUCACUUUAUUUCUUUAUUUUUUUGUCUAUACAUUAACACCUCAAGCAGUAAUAUCAGCAACAGUAUCAACUGCAGUACCACCAGCAACAAUAUCUGCAGGACCAUCAGCAUCAUAUCAAGAUUUCCUGCAAUAUCGCUCCCAGCACCCAGGUCCAAUAUCUUCAAGAGCUUUUUACCGGUGGAGUCAAUAUGGGGGAGAUGAUCCCUCCUUUAGAUGGAGGAGAGAAGCCCCAUAUGACACCACUGGUAGAAGGAGGGGUGCUGGAAAGCAGUUUAACUCUUUUAAUUUCUACCAGUAGCUUUUUUAAACUACUGGUAGAAUUAUCUUCUUUUUUAUUUAUAAA